UCCAACCAUCUCAAGCGCCCUCCGCACAUUCGAACCGCUGCGUGUCCCAACGCUUUCCUCUUCCUUUCUCCGGCCACUCUAUUUUCCACAAAAGCCAACAACAAUGGAAUCCUCCAAGCACCAGUCAUGGAAGAUCUCCGUCCAAGCCAGAUCCAAGGGCCUUGACUUCCGCAUCGACGCCUCCAACAUCCUCCCACAAUGGGGCAAAGGCGGCGAGAAAAUCUCCCUCUUCCUUCGCCUCUUCCGUUUCUUCUCCCUCAAGGUGGAAUCAAAAAACCGAAUCCCCCCAAGAAAAACCAAGCGGAAAUCGAAGUUAUUCCGCUUCCUGGCCAAGAUCUUUCCCCGGCCAGGAGAAUUAAUCAGAAGCAAACUUGCCACCAAGAAGAGAUCACAAGUUCGGAGCCCCAAAAUCGGUUCUCCACCAACUGAUGGCUGGCAUCACCCAUGCCAGUAUAAGGUGGUGGCGAUGAUGGCAAGUCUUUGCCUUCUCUCUCAUUCAGCAGCAGAAAAGGAUGGUGGUGGAAUUAUAAUACAUGCACUGGCUUUUAUCUUUUGCCUAGUCUUACUGCUUAAAAAGAGGAAAACCCGUUCCGAUUUGUUCUGGGCCUCUAGCGUGGUGUCGUUAGUUGGGUUUUGCAUGGGUUUUUUGAGUUACACGGGUCUUGUUGCAAAGGCUGCUUGGAGGGUGUGGAAUGUCAUCAUCUCUCUUGGCUGUUCGUUUGCUUUCUAUCAAGCUAUAUGGUCGAGGACUUCACUAAUCAUUGAGACUAGAUGGAUGAUACUGCUCAUUGUUUUGGUUUUGCUUCCAUCUUUCUUUUGCAAGCUUGGAGAGCUUAAAUACCUAGAGGCACUGGGAGUCUGCAUAUCUUCAGCAAACUCAUUGGUGAAGGGGAUCUGCAAUAUUUUGGUGCCAUACAUUGCAACAGGGCAGUUCCGUAUGUGAAGGAUGAAUUCCAGAUAUAGAGUUAUGGAGUCAUGGAGUUGCUUGAAACUUUGCUUGACAUGGCAACGACUGCAUCCAUGAAGACUGAAGGCUGAAUUUUUAUGUAGGAAGCUUGCAACAAUUCGAGAAGCCGAAACGAUAGCUUGAAGCAUAAUAAGUGGCAAAUUAUUAAAAAUUGUUGUGGAGUUGGGCUUGAUUUUGAUUCACUGUAAAGGAUAGAAGAAGAGAGCAUCACUAUUAUGUCGCAUGAGCCCUGCAUCAUCAGUAAAUACAAUCAUUAAACUUGAGUUCUCAAUGCGCAUGAAAUUUCAUAAAUUUGAUGAAAACCUUGGACCUUC